AUGUCGCUCUUCACAGGCUCCGGGAGCAGGACAGGAGCUCAACACCUUUUAUCUUCAACCUCACCAUCAGUCAUUCCCGGCCAGCGUCCGAAGGUGUUGGGACCUUGGCGGCUCGCUGUCCUCUCCCAAGAUGGCCGCCGCCGCCUCUGUGACAGGCCUGGUCACGUGGGCGCGCGCUCUUUCACCGUGGACAGCUCCAAGGCCCGCACAUCCCUGGAAGCGCUCAAGAUCAGCCUUCGGCAGCUCAGGUGGAAGGAGUUCCCAUUUGGCCGGCGCUUGCCUUGUGACAUCUACUGGCAUGGAGUUUCAUUUCACGACAAUGACAUACUCUCCGGUCAAGUGAACAAAUUUCCAGGCAUGACAGAGAUGGUUCGGAAAAUCACUCUGAGCAGAGCGCUGAGAAUCAUGCAGAACCUGUUUCCAGACGAGUACAACUUCUACCCUCGCUCAUGGAUUCUGCCUGAUGAGUUCCAGCUCUUUGUCACUCAGGUCCGGAUGGUAAAAGAUGGUGACCAGUCCUGGAAGCCCACUUUUAUUGUGAAACCAGAUAGCGGUUGUCAGGGUGAUGGAAUCUACCUCAUUAAAGAUCCCAGUGACCUCCGCCUAACUGGGACCCUCCAGAGCAGGCCAGCAGUGGUACAGGAGUACAUCUGUAAGCCUCUCCUUAUUGACAAGCUCAAGUUCGACAUCCGUCUGUAUGUCCUGCUGAAGUCCUUGGAGCCCUUAGAGAUUUAUAUAGCCAAAGAUGGACUGUCUAGAUUUUGUACAGAGCCAUAUCAAGAGCCAACCCCCCAGAAUCUGCACCGUGUCUUCAUGCACUUGACCAACUACUCGCUGAACAUCCACAGUGGCAAGUUCAUCCACUCCGACAGUGCCAGCACAGGCAGCAAGAGGACGUUCUCCAGCAUUCUUUUUAAGCUGUCUUCCAAAGGUGUGGACAUCAAGAAGGUCUGGUCUGACAUCAUCUCCUUGGUGAUCAAGACUCUCAUUGCCCUGACCCCAGAGCUCAAAGUUUUCUACCAGUCAGACAUCCCUACAGGGAGGCCAGGGCCCACCUGCUUCCAGAUUCUAGGCUUUGACAUUCUUCUGAUGAAAAACCUGAAGCCUAUGCUACUAGAAGUGAAUGCAAACCCCAGCAUGAGAAUUGAGCAUGAAUACGAACUCUCUCCAGGGGUGUUUGAAAAUAUCCCAAGCCUGGUGGAUGAAGAGGUGAAGGUGGCUGUGAUCAGAGACACACUGCGCCUCAUGGACCCUCUGAAGAAGAAAAAGGAGAUGCA